UUCUACCCAUUCGUUCUGAACGACCCGACCCAACAAGACUUGAAAAUGAGUGGAAGAGGAAAAGGAGGAAAGGGACUCGGCAAAGGAGGCGCCAAGCGUCACCGUAAAGUUCUCCGUGAUAACAUCCAGGGAAUCACCAAGCCCGCUAUCCGCCGUCUGGCUCGCCGCGGCGGAGUGAAGCGUAUCUCCGGUCUGAUCUACGAGGAGACCCGCGGGGUGCUGAAGGUCUUCCUGGAGAAUGUGAUCCGUGAUGCCGUCACCUACACCGAGCACGCCAAGAGGAAGACCGUGACCGCCAUGGAUGUGGUGUAUGCCCUCAAGAGGCAGGGCCGCACUCUGUACGGUUUCGGAGGUUAAAUACUCACCAUCUGACCACAAAAACACAAAGGUCCUUUUAAGGGCCACCCAUAUCCUCAAAUUAGAGAGCUCCAUUCCCUCAUGAUACCGCAUUAGUGAGCACUAGAAGUUGGUGCAGGCGAGAGUAUUGUGUCUUCUCUGAAAAACAUGUUCAGGAUCUAAAUAUAACUACUUAAAUAACAUCCCUUGCAAAUGAACAUUUGGACAAGGACAUUAACUAUGGAAAUACCACUACGACUACGCUUUGUGGUCAAAACAACUGAUAUAUUUGCAAAAGCGAUAACAAUGUGUAUAUGUUUUGACUUAAAGUGUAGGGAACAUUUCAACGGAUUAGUGGAAUCUACUGACUUGUAGAGCUGAUAUGACCUAAAUUGUUGCAAUUGGACGUACUCACAGUAAAUACAGGUAUAUCUAUAUAUAAUACUGGUUUGCAACUCGCAUAUCAUAAAUAUUCCUAUUACUGUAUCGACUAUUCUGCACAGUUUCUAUCAUUCUGUUUCGAUUUUUUUAUUCACGUGUACUAUUUUAUAAGUCUUAUUGUGUUGCUCUUUUGGAGGAGCCUGUGACCUAAGAUGUUAUUCUCAUAACUGCACUGGAGCUCACAUGACAAUAAGAGCCUUGAAUCUUGAAAUAUCUCAAUACAUCGGAAAAGUGAGUCUCGUGGAUUCAUUUCACACAAAGUGAAUUAU